CUCGCCCGCCCGCCCGUUCGCUCGCGCCGGCCGGAGGCUUCCCCGCCUGCGCUCCGGGUCGGAGCCACUCCGGCGCGUGCGCGCGUGGUCUCGGGCCGACCCGAGUGGCCGGGUUCCCUCGGCUCCCGGCCCCCCGCCGCCCCCUCCCGGCUCCCAGCCAACCCGUUCCUCCCUUUCCUCACGGAAUGGGGCCGGCGCUGCUCGGGGUCGCGCGCCCUGGACCCGGCUCGCGCUCGGUCUCGCGCUGUCAGCCGCUGCCUGGCUCGCGCCGCCUUGCGCUUUCCCUCAGUCAGUGGCGCCGAAGGCUCCGUUAAGCGGCGGCCGCGGUUCCUGUUUCCGUUUCUUCCUCUCCCUUCAGUCGGGAGUAGCAUCCUCCACCCCGCCACCCCUCCCACUCUCCCGGCGCGGCCAGCUGCGGCUGAAGGCAGUGGCGGUGGCGACGGGGGACGGCGCCGACCGCCUCGCUCCCGCCUCGGGUUGCUGUUCUGGCUUAGGCCGUCUAUGGCCUUGAUUGUGUUUUCAUUCAAGAUAACUCCUUUCCAUCUUUAUUGAUUAACUGAGCAAAUUCAGGUCAUUGAAGCAUUUUGUUUGAAAUCUUUCAAUCAUGUGGAGAGUCGUGGUAAUUACCUCUUAGAGAUACUCAUGUAGAGUCCACAAAGCACAAGACUGGAGAACUUCCUCCUUGCCUCAUCAGGAAGAUCUUUUUGUUAAUUAAGAGUCCACCACAGGAUACCAGAGAGACUAAUUUGUCUGAAGCAUCAUGUGUUGAAACAACAGAAUCCUUUUUUCCUGUGUGGCUAACUAGAACCAGAGUACAAUGUUUCCAUUUCUUUGAGCUCCAGGAAGACAGAGAACGGAGUUGAAACUCUGAAAAUGCGGCCAUGGACUGGUUCCUGGCGUUGGAUUAUGCUCAUUCUUUUUGCCUGGGGGACCUUGUUGUUUUAUAUAGGUGGUCAUUUGGUUCGAGAUAAUGACCACCCUGAUCAUUCUAGCAGAGAACUCUCCAAGAUUCUUGCAAAGCUGGAACGCUUAAAACAACAAAAUGAAGACUUGAGGAGGAUGGCGGAGUCUCUCCGAAUACCAGAAGGCCCUAUUGAUCAGGGGACAGCUACAGGAAGAAUCCGUGUUUUAGAAGAACAGCUUGCUAAGGCCAAAGAAAAGAUUGAAAAUUAUAAGAAACAAGCCAGGAAUGGUCUUGGGAAGGAUCAUGAAAUCUUAAGAAGGAGGAUUGAAAAUGGAGCUAAAGAGCUCUGGUUUUUUAUACAAAGUGAAUUGAAGAAAUUAAAGAAUUUAGAAGGAAAUGAACUCCAAAGACAUGCAGAUGAAAUUCUUUUGGAUUUAGGACAUCACGAAAGAUCUAUCAUGACAGAUCUAUACUACCUCAGUCAAACAGAUGGAGCAGGUGAUUGGCGGGAAAAAGAGGCCAAAGAUCUGACAGAGUUGGUCCAGCGGAGAAUAACAUAUCUCCAGAAUCCCAAGGACUGCAGUAAAGCCAGGAAGCUGGUAUGUAACAUCAACAAAGGCUGUGGCUAUGGUUGUCAACUCCAUCAUGUAGUUUACUGCUUCAUGAUUGCUUAUGGCACCCAGCGAACACUCAUUUUGGAAUCUCAGAAUUGGCGCUAUGCUACUGGUGGAUGGGAGACUGUGUUUAGACCUGUAAGUGAGACAUGCACAGACAGGUCUGGCCUCUCCACUGGACACUGGUCAGGUGAAGUGAAGGACAGAAAUGUUCAAGUGGUCGAACUCCCCAUUGUAGACAGUCUCCAUCCUCGUCCUCCUUAUUUACCGCUGGCUGUACCUGAAGACCUUGCAGAUCGACUCCUAAGAGUCCAUGGUGAUCCUGCAGUGUGGUGGGUCUCCCAGUUUGUCAAAUACUUGAUUCGUCCACAACCUUGGCUGGAAAAAGAAAUAGAAGAAGCCACCAAGAAGCUUGGCUUCAAACAUCCAGUGAUUGGAGUCCACGUCAGACGCACUGACAAAGUGGGAACAGAAGCAGCCUUCCAUCCCAUCGAGGAAUAUAUGGUACACGUUGAAGAACAUUUUCAACUUCUCGCACGCAGAAUGCAAGUGGAUAAAAAAAGAGUAUAUCUGGCCACUGAUGACCCUUCUUUGUUAAAGGAGGCAAAGACAAAGUACUCCAAUUACGAAUUUAUUAGUGAUAACUCUAUUUCUUGGUCAGCUGGACUUCACAACCGAUACACAGAAAAUUCACUUCGGGGUGUGAUCCUGGAUAUACACUUUCUUUCCCAGGCUGACUUCCUAGUGUGUACUUUUUCAUCCCAGGUUUGUCGGGUUGCUUAUGAAAUCAUGCAAACACUGCAUCCUGAUGCUUCUGCAAACUUCCAUUCGUUAGAUGACAUCUACUAUUUUGGAGGUCAAAAUGCCCACAACCAGAUUGCGGUUUAUCCUCACCAACCUCGAACUGAUGCAGAAAUCCCCAUGGAACCUGGAGAUAUCAUUGGUGUGGCUGGAAACCAUUGGGAUGGUUAUUCUAAAGGUGUCAACAGAAAACUGGGGAAAACAGGCCUGUAUCCUUCCUACAAAGUCCGAGAGAAGAUAGAAACAGUCAAGUACCCCACGUAUCCGGAAGCUGAAAAAUAGAGAUGGAGUCUGAGAGAGUAACAACAGAACUCAGUUCUGACCGUCUCAGCCAGCAGAAGACCCAGACUAACCAUGCUCAUUGACAGGCGUGCUCGGCACCAAGAGCAAGUGGGACCCUCAGAUGCUGCACUGGUGGAACGCCUCUUUAUGAAGGGUUGCCGUGUCCUAAGCCCAUGCCCUAAGUCCAAUAACGUACUCACACAUAACAUACAAACGGAUUCUUUUCUACUUUGCCCCUUUAAAUAUUAUGUCCCCAUGAAAUAAACACUGCCACGUUGUGUAAUUUAAGUGACACAGACAUUUUGUGUGAGACUUCAAACAUGGUGCCUAUACCUGAGAGACCUCUGUGGCUUACUGAGAAGAUGCAAGCAGCUCCCUUCUGUGGGGAAGUUGGUUCUUAGCCAGUGGUAGUGGUGUGGCCACUGAGUUCACUCCAGUCAACAGAUUCAGAAUGAGAAUGGAUGUUUUUCCUUUAUAUGGUUGUCUGGAUUUUUUUUAAGUAAUUUCAUCAGUUCAGUUCGUCCACCUCAUCAUUAAUAAAUGAAGGAAUACACCAAUAAAGUAAAAUGAAAUAUUCACUGUCCAUUAGGAAGUUUUGUAAAACGAUGCCAUGAAGAAAAAUUCUUUAGUACUCAAUGUUUCUGGACAUUCUCUUUGAUAACAAAAAAUAAAUUUUAAAAAGGAA